CCUUAGGACGCUGAGGCAAGUCGAAGAGAUUGAGCUCUGAACGUCCAGGAGUAGCCGCUCGCGGAGGUCCUCGUUGGCGAUAUACUCGUCAUAAGGUAGCGGCGUAGCAUCUAUCUAUGGUUUCUCGCUACACCCCAAUAUCGCGACGACUAUCUCGGAUGCGCAAGUCACUUCGUCAAUACAGAGCAGUACUGCACUUGUCGCAGACAUGGUUAUCGCUGUGGCACUGUCAAUCAUCCUUCACGGCAAACGAACUGGUUGUGCAGGGUCGGACUCGCUUAUAACAAGAUUUAUCAUUGUUACCUUGCACCAGGGGAUAGUGACGGCCAUACUGCAGUUCCUGCAAUUUGCCACCUACGUCGGUACCUUCCAUUCUGGCAGUAGCAAGCUCAUCUGGGCUCUGUUUUACUUCCCUGCGAGCAAGAUCAUUACGAACUCGUUGCUCACGACGUGAGUAUCCCAACCAACCGGACCGACGUGACCCCUACAAGUCGCUGCUACUUGCACAUACGCGGACUGACUAUUCCGAUGUAUAUCUAUGUUGGGUUAAAUAUCCGCCAUUGGCUUCGAAAAGCGAUGGGCGACGAGAUUAACUUGAGGAUUGGGGCAUCACUGGCAGGAAGCAGUGACACAGAAAGGUACGUCCUUUCGGCGGCUUCUCUUUGCGAGCUGACGAAGGGUCGCGCUUGCCUACAUGCUCGUACUAGUAGCUUGGAUCCGCCACACAU